CGUGUUUAUAACUACUAUUUAUAAAUGUAUCCGAAUAUAAACACUGUAUAGUCUGUGAUGCGCUGUCAUUCAAUAUUUAAUUUCGUUUCAUACGCCUUGAAGCGCUUUUUUACGUUAAAUACAUAGUAAAAUAGUAUUUAAUUUUAAAUCCAUCAUGGAUGUCUUUUUAAUGAUUAGGCGAAAAAAAUUAACCAUCUUCACAGACGCUAAAGACACAACAACUGUGCUAGAACUGAAGAAGAUGAUUGAGGGCAUCCUGAAGGUCACCACACCGUGUCAGAUGCUGUUCAACAAGGACAGUCAGCUGAUGGAGGACGAGAAGACCCUGGCGGAAUACGGUCUGACGUCAGCCACGGCUAAGGCACAGUGUCCUGCCCCCAUUGGUCUUGCCUUGAGAAAAGAAAAUGGCGAAUUUGAGGCUCUCGACCUGACUCCAUACUCCUCGCCGCCCGACCUUCCCGAUGUGAUGAAAUCCCAGGAGACCAAUGGACAGGAACAGAUGGAUCAGCAUUAAACGACGAGGCUGCAAUGGACCGGACCGCGGACUAACACCGUGCGCUGCAACCCGACUCCGCGCGCAGCGACGCGACGUCAGCUAUAUUAUUAUUUUUGCAUAUGAACAUAUUUUGUUAAUAAUUUAUCAAUGAUUUGUGUCCGAUUUUAACGUUCUGUUAUGUCUACACAUAUCUUUGUAGUAUUUUUGUGACGCUUUGUACGAUGGAAUGUAGCGCUUUUUUGUACUUUGUUGCACUAAGAAAUUGUACCGCUUUUGUGACAGAUACGGUCGAUUAAUUUAUUAUUAGAUUCUUUUUUUAUUUUAUUUUUGUACAGAUGUCAGCACAUCGUCGUGUUAAAAUUUCAUUGCAAUUCAGCUUAUAUUACACGGUGACAUUAGGGUAUUUGGGGUAAUUUGAUGUGGUGAUUGUCUGUACUGAACCAGAUUCCAGAUAACGUGUCAGUAUGGAACAUCAAUCAUCGUCUAUUAAUAAUUUUUUAUCAUGCCAUCCUCCUCACACUUUUCUAUAUCCAUUGAAAUUGGUAGCCCGCCUCAUAGGGGCUGAAAUCGUCAGAUAUUGAGAUAUAGAUAGAAACUAUUACUGGUAUGAAAAUCUAAAUUGAUGGAUGAAGUUUGAUAUUCAUUAUUGAUACGUUAUAUGGUAAGAGGAAAAUUAUUCGAGAAAAUAAGAACAUAUUCUCAGAGUUAUCUGAAUGAUUGAAUGAAUGAUUUUAAUGAUUCAUUCAAAUGAUCUAUUAGUAAUGAUGUCCAAAAUUGUUGUAAACUAAAAUCCGGAGUAGAUUAUCGGUCUAGUUUCGGCGCCAAAACUAUUCGUUUGUUACUUUACAUUAGCGAUAUUAAACGGACAUUGUUUUAAGUAGACAUCGAUAGUGGGGACGCAGCUAAAUAAUAUCGAUUCGCGUCUCGACGCGUUCGUUCAGGCCAAACAGAAAAGUGACACUGAAACAAGAUCCUUAAUACCGUUGCCUAAAGUAUGUAUCAGAAAAUCGAACGAAAGCGGGGUGGAAUUUGUUCCGCGUUUAUAUUUUAGGCAUCACGUUACUCAAAUGAAAUUAAUUUAUUUUUAAUAAUACAACUUUGAAAUCAGAUUCAAAGCUCAAAUUUAAUUUUUAGAGCUCAUUUUUCAGUUUGGUCUGAACCCUUAGUUUUAAACCAUUAUUAACAAUUACGUGUUUUUUCAUCUCAUCGUAGAGUAAGCAGCGUCCAUUUGCACUAAACAAUUGUCGCUGUUACUAACGCUGCGUAAACAUUGAUCGCUUUAGCUUUACUUCGUAAUGGAGUUCUCACGCGUCAUUCAUACACUUUGGAACGAUUUUUUUUUUCAAUUAUCAAACAAACUUUGUAAACUUCGGCGAAAAUGUAAAGUUCUACAAAAAAUACGGGCAAAUAUUAAAAUUUAAUACACCACUUUUCAUUCACACUCGUGAACAAUCGGCAGCCAUUUUGCGUGAGCCGGCGCCAUUUUGCCUUUCAUUGAGAUAUUUGUCUAUUUUGUAUGUUUUUGUUAUCUCAAAUCGUUCUAAAGUUAAUAUAACAUAAUAAUAAUAUCUAAUAAUAGACACCCAUUUUCUCAUAACACUAUUUAGUCUGUUAACUGUGUCCAUAGUUAAAUUCUGGAAAAAAAGUUAUCCCCAUGUGACAUGUUCACAGAACUAUGUAUAGAUUUCUAUCUUAUAAAUAUAAUUUAAAAUACUUUCAUUAUUUAUAUGUACAUUUAAUGUAUUCAGUGUAUGUAUUGGUUGUGUGACUUAAAAGUUGUCUCAAUAUCAUUCAACGUUAAGUAUUUAGAGAAUUAGUUUGAAACUAAACACCCCUUGUAUUUAAUUUUUAAAUCUAAAAACAUUCUUGGUGUUGCCUUUUUAGCCGCUUGGUCUUAAUAAUAUUUUCGAUCUGAUUGUAAGAAAAUGGGUAUGCAUUAAUUUAAGUAACUUUUCGGACGAAUUUCAUACAUUAGCAAAAUUUAUUUAUUUUUGUUUUCUUCCUAUCAAUGCUACUUACAAAAAUCUACUCACAAAAACAAAUCAGAUUUGUAGUAAACACAAAACAAUUGUUCCAUAAUGCGGGCGUUCAGUUUAAGUUUGUAAGAUCUCGGCGCCAAUAUACGAUGUAGUGAACAGACUAUUUAGAAUCAUAGAUUAGCGCAGAAAAAUAUACCUUUUUUAAUACAAGGUAGCAAAACCAUUGCGUUACUUUGAACCGUACACACACACGUGUGCGUGUACACGGUAUGAAUACGAUUUAUUUAAAUUAAUGAUACGGUAUUUUACUGAAUAGUAUAGAAUGGAUAUACAUAGUUAGUAGCUAAUUUAAUAGGGGUAAUUAGGGGCUUUUAUAUUCGUAGAUUCGGACUACAUUUCUCUAACAUUCUUUUUGUGAAUAGAAUUUCUUAUGAAAUCGAAUUUCACGUAGUUCCUGAUCGAAGGAUUGCUAAUUGUUUUCUUUUUUUUUAUUUUUAUGUAAUGUUUUCUAUCGCACCUUUUUAAAUUAAGGUAUUCUGUAUAUUUUGGUUGGUAACUCGAUUUUUCAUCGAUAUAUCCAAUAUAUACGUUUACGGUGCGUUGGCGCGACUGGAUAAGUAGGGCUACAGCGAGGACGAGAUGGUUUCGCCAACAUUAUUGAAAUCAAUGAUUGGUAUGACUAAGGCGCGGGUACGCCAAAGCAACAUAAACCUGUUGCUACGCCAUCAACAUGUUUGAAUAAAAUAAAAUAAAUUUCUUAUUUUGACCAACAUGCUUGCCUACUAAAAGUUAAUUCUAAGACUUUUUAAAAAACUGUUAAAGCGAAGUCAAUUUGACAUUUGAGUUCCAGUCCUCGUGUCUUACUGCUCUCUACUCGCGCCAAUCGCGGUGCAACAACUAGUUAAUACGAUACAUAGUCACCGGAUAAAGAAAUGCUACCAAAUACAUUUUUCCUUUUUUAAAUUUAAUCCAAAAAAUAGUAGAAUAGUUGGGUAUUAAAUGGUAUUGCACUUUAAUGCACUAUAUAUAGGAUAGAGAAUCGAUAAGCCGUACGAUUAACCACUACCAUGGGUUUUGAACGAAUCAAGUUUUCGGAACUAUGUAAGGGAACUUUUUUUGAUCGAAAUAAUAUUUUUGCAGGCUUACCAUUUACUGGUCUAUGUUGUUAACAGUCAAAAUAUUUAGCAUUAAGUAUACAUAACUCAUGUAACAUUUGUAAUACAUGCCUUAUAAUAAUAUACAUAGGUGCCCUAAGUCCAGUUGUGGUCGACGUUGACAUAUUCCGUGGUAGUGGGCGACUUACUAGUCGAUAUGAAAUAUUCGUUCGGACCUCAACUCGCAAUAUACUCAAAUUUUAACUGGUACAAUUAUACUGUGAUUGUCCAUCUUCAAUUUAUUUAUUGUUUAAUAAAAUGUUGGGCGAUAUUAUCUAUGUCUCCUUGGAAGGUUUUGUGUACCAUUUUUAGAACAAUUCGAACAAAACCACAGGUUCCAUAGAGACUAGACCAAAAUAUUUGAUUUCAUGUGCAAAUAUGAAAAUCCACAAUGAACCAGCAGGAAAUAAAGCUGUUUUGAUUUGU